GUGGAAACGUCAGGGCCGCAUUGGUGCUUUUAUUCUCUCCAGUCCUUGAAGGAAUGAAACUUCAGCGCCGUCUCUGUCCAUUUCAGAAACAAGAGGAUCCUCUCAAGAGUCACCGGGCAGAGACACCGACUCUGCGCCUGCACUUUUCUGUGACCUGUGAAGUAAGAACACAGACCAAAGACACCAGGGCAGGAAGCACGACGCAGACCGCGCUCCUUCGGAGAAGAGCCCGGCGCCCUUCGUCCUUCCCCCACACCCCGCGUUGCCGCGGGCCCCGCCUCACGGGGGGUGGAAUUUAGCGCACCUUCCGGGUUGCAGGCGGAAGUGGACGAAUUUGAAUCUUGUGGGCCGUUGGAUGGGGCUGCUUGCGGUCGGCUUUGCGGCUCCGCGGAAGAAGGGAAAAGUGACGCGACCGUUCUGGAACUUCUGCCCAACGCGCCUUGAUCUGCACCUGCGGCGGCUCCACCCGGGCCCGCGCCCUAGGCUUCAAGGCUCACCGCAGCGGCCCUCCUACUCGUCGCGGCGUAGCGUCCGCGGGGUGGGGGUUGGGGGGGGGGACCGCGGUGGCCCCCCGGGAAGGGGACCACCGCGCCCCCGCCCCGCCCGCUCCCGUCCCUCUCGCGCGCGUCACCGACUGCCAGCGACGGCCGGGUAUGGGCCCGACGCUCCAGCGCCAUCCAUUUUCAGGGCGGGUUGAUUCGGCAGUAAAAUGAAUGAAAAUAAACCUGGUGCCUCACAGAAUCUUGCUUGUGUUUUUUGUCGAAAAAAUGAUGACUGUCCUAAUAAAUAUGGAGAAAAGAAAACUAAUGAGAAAUGGAAUCUCACUGUACAUUACUAUUGUUUGUUGAUGUCAAGUGGAAUUUGGCAGAGAGGUAAAGAAGAAGAAGGAGUUUAUGGUUUUCUAAUAGAAGACAUCAGGAAAGAAGUGAACAGGGCUUCUAAACUGAAAUGCUGUAUUUGCAAGAAAACUGGUGCUUCAAUUGGAUGUGUUGCACCCCGAUGUAAGCGAAGUUAUCAUUUCCCAUGUGGACUUCAGAGAGAAUGUAUUUUCCAAUUUACUGGCAAUUUUGCGUCAUUUUGUUGGAAACAUCGACCUGUUCAAAUAAUUUCAUCUAAUAAUUAUAGAGACUCCUUACCAUGUACCAUUUGCUUGGAAUUUAUCGAGCCUAUUCCAACUUACAGCAUAUUACGAAGUCCUUGUUGUAAGAAUGCUUGGUUUCAUAGAGACUGUUUACAGGUUCAAGCAAUAAAUGCAGGAGUGUUUUUCUUUAGAUGCACAAUAUGCAAUAAUAGUGAUAUAUUUCAGAAAGAGAUGCUGAGAAUGGGAAUUCAUAUUCCUGAAAAAGAUGCAUCUUGGGAAUUAGAGGAAAAUGCUUAUCAAGAACUUCUGCAGCACUAUGAGCAUUGUGAUGUCCGAAGAUGUCGUUGCAAAGAAGGGCGAGACUAUAAUGCACCUGAUAGCAAAUGGGAAAUAAAGCGCUGUCAGUGUUGUGGUUCUAGCGGAACACAUUUAGCUUGUUCCUCAUUACGAUCAUGGGAACAAAAUUGGGAGUGUUUGGAAUGUAGAGGUAUUCUCUACAAUUCAGAGGAUUUCCAAAAAGCCAAAAAACAUACAUUACCCAACACUAACAGUGUGGGAAUAACUGAUUGUUUGUUGGAAGAAUCAUCACCUAAAUUACCCAGACAGUCACCUGGAGCCCAGCAUAAAGAUCUACUGAGGCAAGGCAGUAAAUUUAGAAGAGACGUUUCAACAAUAAUGAUGGAAUUAGGAUUUCAAAUUAAAAAAAAAACUAAAAGAUUAUGGAUUAAUAAAGCCAAUAUCUGGAAUAGUGCCUUAGAUGGAUUCAGAAAUCAAAACUUUAAUCCUUCAUACACAAUUGAAGUAGCAUAUAUCAAUGAAAAUGACAAUUUUGGAAGAGAACAUCCUGGAUCAAAGCAAGAAUUCCUAAGUCUCUUAAUGCAGCAUCUUGAGAAUUCACCAAUAUUUGAAGGGUCCUUGUCAAAGAAUUUGUCUCUAAAUUCUCAAGCUCUGAAAGAGAAUCUUUACUAUGAAGCUGGCAAAAUCCUUGCCAUUUCUUUGGUUCAUGGUGGUCCUUCACCUGGUUUCUUUUCUAAAACCUUGUUUAACUGCCUUGUUUAUGGACCAGAAAAUACCCAACCAAUUUUAGAUGAUGUUUCAGACUUUGACGUGGCACAAAUUAUAAUCAGGGUAAAUACUGCAACAAAUGUGGCUGACUUAAACUCAGUAGUAAAUGAAUGCUAUAACUACUUAGAGCUUAUUGGAUGUCUAAGACUUAUAACUUCAUUAAGUGAUAAAUAUAUGUUGGCAAAAGACAUAUUAGUUUACCAUGUAAUUAAGAGAGUCCAAGCACCCUUUGAAAGUUUUAAGCAGGGUCUGAAAACUCUUGGUGUUUUGGAAAAAAUUCAGACUUACCCGGAAGCCUUUUAUAGUAUCUUCUGUCAUAAACCUGAGAAUCUUUCCGCAAAAAUCCUUAGUGAUCUUUUUACAGUACGCACAUUAUCUGAUGUACAGGCUUUGGGAUUUUGGAACAGUUAUUUACAGGCUGUUGAGGAUGGUAAAUCUGCAAUAACAAUGGAAGACAUUCUUAUUUUUGCAACUGGUUGCAGUUCCAUUCCACCUGCGGGAUUUAAACCCACUCCUUCAAUUGAGUGCCUUCAUAUGGAUUUUCCUAUUGGAAACAAGUGUAAUAACUGUUUAGCUCUUCCAAUCACCAAUACAUAUCAAGAGUUUCAAGAAAAUAUGGACUUUGCUAUAAGAAACACUCUAAGACUAGAAAAGGAAGAAAGUUCUCACUACAUUGGACAUUAAAAUGUUUUGAACAAAGAAAUGCUUCUUUACAAGCUGCUGUUGAUACUUUUUGUUUCAGAAAUCUGUCCAUUAUUUGAACAAACUUGUCAGCUUCUUGGCCCAAUAAAAUUUAUAUGAACAUAAA